UAUUUUUGUGCAAAAACUUCUAUCCACGUAAAGAUAAACUUUCUUUCAUUUCCAAAAUAAAAAAUAAUAACCAUAUCAAUAAUAUUGGUUACCCUCCUUAUAUAUAUAUUGUAUAUAUUAAGAAUUAUUUAAAUACUACUCAAACACACCUCUUCCAUUUUCAUUAAGAUCACACUACACUAAACCAACUUCUUCUUUAAUCUUUUUUUUUUCACCUAUAGCCCUCCAAAACCAUCACUAGUUUUAAUAUUCUUACCCAAAAUUAACCAACAAAAAACCUAUAAAAACAAAUAUAUAAUUAUAACAUGAUGAGCAUAAUUUUCACUAUUCAUUAUUAUUAUUAUUUAAUCCUACUAAUCUUCAAAAAUCCAUUAUUAUUAUUAUUACUUUCAUCCCAAAUUAUUAACAUAACACCAUUACCAUUACCAUUCUUUAGUAGCAAUGGAAGAUGGCAUCUUUUACAUGAGAGUAUUGGCAUAUCAGCCAUGCACAUGCAACUUUUACGUAACAACAAAGUCAUCAUCUACGACCGCACCGAUUUCGGCCGAUCAAACAUUUCUCUCCCCGGCGGCCGAUGCCGUGUGGACCCCGCCGACACCGCCCUACAAGUAGACUGCACCGCCCACUCUGUCCUUUACGACAUUUUAUCAAACACCUUCCGUCCUCUCACCGUGCAAACCGAUUUGUGGUGUUCUUCCGGAGCCGUUCUCCCCAACGGAACCCUAAUCCAAACCGGCGGUUACAACGACGGCGAUCAUGUUGUCCGUGUUUUUACCCCGUGUCUGAAUCAAAUCUGUGAUUGGAUUGAGAUCCCAAAUUAUUUAUCCCAAAGGAGAUGGUAUGCAACAAAUCAGAUUUUACCUAAUGGUGAGAUUAUCAUAAUUGGUGGGAGAAGACAAUUCAAUUAUGAGUUUUUUCCUAAAAGAAUUAACAAUAAUAGUAAUGGUUCUCUUUUUGAGCUUGAUUUUCUUAGGGAAACUUCAGAUUUUGAUGAGAAUAAUUUGUACCCUUUUGUCCACUUGUUACCUGAUGGAAACUUGUUCUUGUUCGCUAACACGAGAUCCAUACUAUUCGAUUAUAAUCGAAAUAGUGUGGUCAAGGAGUUUCCUCCUAUCCCGAACAGCGAGCCUAGAAACUAUCCUAGUUCAGGCUCGUCUGUUUUACUUCCUUUAGAUGAAAAGGAAAUAAUUGUGGAAAUUAUGAUAUGUGGGGGCGCGCCGAGUGGGUCCCACCGGCGCGCCAUGAGAGGUGCUUACGUGGAGGCACUCAGUAGCUGUGGCAGAUUAAAAGUGAGUGAUGAAAAUCCUAGCUGGCAAGUUGAGUACAUGCCUAUGUCUAGAGUCAUGGGCGAUAUGGUAAUUUUACCAUCUGGCCACGUCAUCAUAAUCAACGGUGCCCAACGCGGCACCGCCGGUUGGGAAUGUGGAGAAGAUCCGGUGACGACUCCAAUACUUUACGACCCUGCAGCCGAGCACGGGGAGAGAUUUUCGGUAAUGGAGUCGUCGCCGCGGCCGAGACUUUACCAUUCGACGGCAAUUUUGUUGCCGGACGGGAGGGUUUUGAUCGGCGGGAGUAAUCCACACGUGUACUAUAACUUCACCGGAGUGAAUUAUCCGACGGAUCUUAGCCUCGAGUCAUUUUCGCCGGCGUAUUUGUCGUUGGAGCACAAGGCGGUGCGGCCGAGGAUUGUGGCGGCGCGUGAGAGUGUUGGGUAUGGGGAAUUGAUGAGUGUGGUAUUUAGGGUUAUUGGAGAAACGACAUUGGAUUCGUUGUCGUUUAGGAUAAUAGCUCCGUCGUUUAGUACUCACGCUUUUGGGAUGAAUCAAAGGAUGAUCGUGUUGAGAGUUGUGAGUGUGGUUAGGAUUGGAUUGGAGGGUUAUAAUGCUUCCGUGUUGGGUCCUUCAACGGCUGAGAUUGCUCCACCGGGUUAUUAUAUGAUGUUUGUGGUGCAUGGUGAGAUACCUAGUCACGCCACGUGGAUUAAAUUACACUGACUUAUAUAUAUAUAUCAUAUGAUAUGCUUUUGUGUUAAUUAAUUGUAUGUAUUAUGUAUAUGAGUUUUUAUUUUUAUUUUGAAUGAUAUAUGAGAGUUAUUUUGGCUUUUGUGCUUUUGUUUUUCUAUAUUUGAAGAAGAAUAAUGAGAAUUAGAGAAAGAUAUACGAAGGAAUUAAUUAUGGAAAAAUGUUAACGUGUUAAAAAGAAAUCAUACAAUAUUAAAGGUGUUCAAUAAACCUUAAAAA